UCCAUUAUACAUGACAUACGUCACGUUGUCUCGUCCUUUCCAAUAAGCCACCACAAAUUUUUCAAAACCCACCAUUUUCUCUUCUCUCCCUUCAACCCCCCAAAAAAUCUCUCUCUAAAUCUCUCUCUCUCUCUCUCUCUCUCUAGUUUUGAUCCCAACGUCUUCUUCUUGAAAGAUUCUUCGAAGAAAUGGCUCAGAAAGUGGUGUUGAAGGUCUUAACCAUGACGGAUGACAAGACCAAACAGAAAGCCAUUGAAGCUGCUGCCGAUAUUUACGGAGUUGAUUCAAUCGCUGCGGAUAUGAAGGACCAGAAACUAACGGUGACAGGUCAGAUGGACGCAGUCGCGGUGGUGAAAAAGCUGAAGAAAGUCGGCAAAGUUGAUUUGAUUUUCGUGGGACCCGCAAAGGAAGAAAAGAAGGAAGAGAAAAAGGAAGAGAAGAAAGAUGAUAAAAAAGAGGAGAAAAAGGAAAAAGAAAAUAAAUAAAAUUAUCACAAUACUAAAUUUAUGUUUUCGAUAUGGUAAUUGAACUGUGAAAUCUCUGAAUACAAUCUGUUCUAUUUUUCAUGGAGCAGUGGCUCAUAUUUUUAUA